GGUAAGGGUAAGGGCAGAGGUCACCUACGGUGGCAGAUGAGGAAAAAGAAGCGGGGGAGAGCAAGUUUGAAAAGUGGGGAAAGAAAAGUGAAGUGAAGAGAAAUGGACAAAAUUGAGGCGAAAGAGGGGGUGUGCUGAAGUGAGGAAAGGAAAGGGAAAAUAAAAUGAGGGAAAAGAAGGGGAAGAAAGAAGUCCCUGACAGAAAAAGAAAAAUUGGGGCAGAAAGGGGUAAAUGAGGAAAUAGAGAAAAAGAAAGGAGUAAAGAACGGGGGCAAAAAAGAAAGGAAGAAAACGGAAAUGGAUAAAGAAAGAGAAAAAAACGAAAGAAAGAAUGGGAGGAAAAGCGCAGAAAGACUGAACUUGCCUUUUCCAGACACCCUGGAGUCUCCUCAGGCCAACCCGGCGGACGCGCACCUGCCAGCCGCCCCAGACCUGGCAGGCCAGGCGGCCCCCGAGCCUGAGAAGAUGGCCCAGCCCAAGACCGACUGCCGCUCACCUGUCGGUCUCGACUGCUGCAACUGCUGCCUGGACCUGGCCCACCGAAGCGGGCUCCUGGGAGACAGCAGCGGGCAGAACAAGAGCCCGGGCAGCCCCACCGUGAGCAACUUUCGGCAGCUUCAGGAGAAGCUGAUCUUUGAGAACCUCAACACCGACAAGCUCAACAGCAUAAUGCGGCAGGAUUCGCUAGAGCCCGUGCUGCGAGACCCCUGCUACUUGCUCAACGAGGGUAUCUGCAACCGCAACAUUGACCAGACCAUGCUCUCCAUUCUGCUCUUCUUCCACAGUCUUGCUGUGACCUUCAAAAGAAGUCUUUACUUGAUUUCUCUACCUCCAUCUCAAUGUGAGGGAGUCCCCACUAAAGGAGCUGUUUUUUCUUCUGUCCUAUGUCCUGUUCCUGGUGGUAUUUUUUUUCCUUCCAACAUAGCUUAUUUAUCUCUCCAUUUUCAUCAUCUCCCUUGGAAUUUUGGGGUGAGUAGUAACAGUUAGUUUAGGAAAGAUUUACAAACUGGUGAAAAGUCAACUCACAGACUCUUUCUGGAUUAAGAAAGCUCUAUGUAGCACAGAAGACAGGCUAAUAUAUCAGAAAAUUAAUUCCAAUAUCAAUUAAGCUCAUGAUUUAAGAGGUUGUUUUCCUUAGCUAAUGUUCUUAAUGACCUAUAAAUAUAGUCUGGACUUUGUUCUGCCUACUACACAAGGUUCUUAGUGCAAACACCAUGUUCAGACAGCUUGUGACCUAAAUGUAACAUAAUAUCCUGAGAUUGGGAUUGUCUCCCACCUAAACUGAGGUGAAGAAACACCAUCCCUGGCUAGUGUAGUAGGUUCACUUGAAUAAUUCUAUUUCUCAUCCUGUUGCAAACAGAAUGGCCCUUGUGCACAUACUAUACCACCAGUUGGGUCCUAUGGGAGCCCCACGUCAUAGCAUAUUAUAUUGGCUGUUUUGUGACAUAACUGUCCUGGCAGCCUGGAGAAAAUAAAGGCCUUCAGACUGGGCUUCCCAGGGUGGGGGGGUUGACAAGGAUGUCAGUGCCAGGCACCUGGUUAGGAGAAAUAUUCUGAAGCAAAUAAUAACUACCUUCUUUGCUGAUAAGAGAGUCCCAGUAUUUUUCCAACAGCAAGAUUGCAUUAAGGUAUUUCCUUGGACCACAGCCUGAGUCACAAACUGAUACAUGACUAUUGGCCCUAACCUCAAUCAAACUAUUGUGUAUGUGGUGGAACUCACUGUUCUCCUUAUGGCCCUGAGUUGUUGUAAAUAAUACUCUCAGUUGCAUCACCUGUUCUUGUUCUUUCCUGGUUACUUUUGACUGCAAUUCUGUGUGUGUCCACAAGGUGGCCUCGCUUAGGAAAGAGCUGGAGAAAAGGACCUCAAGCCUCUGAAGUCUUUUUUUUUUUUUUUAAGCUUGAGCCUGAAAAGAUGAAAAUAUAGUUUGAUGGGAACAUAGAUAUCUCUUAGUAGACAACAAUAAACUCAUUUACCUUGUGACUUGGAAUUUGUGCCUGAAGUACCCUCUAAUCCUAUGCAUGGCUAGACCCAUCACAGGUGUUUUCCUAGGAUGAUUUAUACAUAUAGUCUUGGUUUGUAGUUUUGCUGUUUUUUCUGUUUAUAGGAAAGUAACAGAAUAUUGAUUUUAAAAAUAUGAGCAUGAAAUCAUGGAUAAUGUUGAAUGUUGAAUGCAGAAUAGGGUGUGGAAACCAAAGAUAAAAAUACUGGCAUCUUGUGGUCAUUCCAGUGCCCACUCCCUUACCAUUUCCUCUCACAUCCUCUGUCACCCACCUGGCUUCCAGGUGCUCCCUGUACAUUUUUCCCUACUCAUCUGAGCUCCUGGACACUCUCUCCUCCACACAGGCACAUUGGCAUGCACAGAUUAGCUCAGAUGUGUGCACACAUCCCAUGCAUGUCACAGAUCUGUGCACGUGUCCAUACACAGACAGGCAUAUCCAGAGGAGGAGCUGAGUGGAUAGGUGCUAGCGUUGGCGUAGGUCAGCAAGCCCACUGGUUGGGUGAAGGGACAUGCGGGUGACAAACUAUGUGUGAAAGAGAGAGACUGAGAAGGCAGGCAGUGGGAAGAAGGCAAGGCUCCUCGUGGUUAGGUUGGAUGCCUAGGGAGUGUGGUGUGUGAUACCAUUGCAAAGCCUUAGGGAUAUACUGGCUGACCCCUGAAGAAGAGUUUUUAAAACCAGCACUGCCCUCUACUGCACGCUUUCUAUCUACUAUUAUGGCAUUUGUAUUAAUUUCUCUAAGAAAUCAGUUCCAGUUUGGUUUUUACCGAUCUCCAGAGCCCUCGUUGGAGAUGCCAGUUGGCACAAGAAAGUGCUGAACUGUUUACAGUCCCAGCCUCAGGUUCAGGGAGCGGAUGUGGUUUCACUGGGCCACAAAGCCCCGUACACAACUCAUUUGCAUGACUCCUGACGCCAUGUGACGCAGCCGGCUCCUCCUAUAUAAAGAAGCAGGAGCCGAAAUAUCUCCGAGUCUGGGUUGGACUAGCGGCCGUGGAGUUUGUGACACACUAGGUGACACCCAUCGAGCCACUUCCCUUCAACUCCGGAGCGCUUGCCUGGCUUUAGGUCCUCUCGGCAGCCUUUGCCCCCCUCCUAGCCCCAGGGUCAGCCGCCCAGAAUCCAGGUCCGAGCAGCGCGCCAGCAGCUCCAGCUGAC